CGUCAAACUGGCGGCCCGGCGACAGAGGCGCCCCUGGCGCACCGGCAUCCUGCAGCCGACGCUGCUGUUCCUGCUUUUGCUGCAAGAGCGGGCAGCAGAGAGCCCAUGGGGACUUCCCGUGGUGGCUGAUGGCCCAUCUCACUUUGCAAAGAAGGUGAUGGCAGAACUGGCUAAUCUGAAGUUAGAAAAGAAGGCCUGGCCUGGAGGGACCCACUCUCUCCACUAUCACUACCUGGCCCUGUCAGAGCCUGGCCCAGACCUCCCUGAGUUUCUGGCUGUGGGUUAUGUGGACGACCAGCCUUUCAUCCGGUAUGACAGUCGUACAGGCAAAGCUGAGCCUCAGGCUGCGUGGAUGGACCCCGUGGCUGCCCAGUACUGGGAGACAGAGACCCAGAAGCAGAAGGCCUGGGAGAAGGUACAACAGGUGGAGAUGUGGACGGUGAUGGGCUUCUACAACCAGAGCAGUGGCAUACACAGUGCUCAGCGCAUGUUUGGCUGUGAGAUCAAUGAAGAUGGCAGUUCUAGAAGCUUCUGGCAAUUUGGCUUCGAUGGGCACGACCACCUGUCGCUGGAUAUGGAGACGCUGAGCUGGGUGUCAGCCGAGCCAGUGGCCAUAAGAACAAAGAGCUGGUGGGAGAUGGAGCACUGCUAUGCCGAGUAUGACAAGGCCUACCUAGAAGGCCUUUGCCUCACCUCCCUGCACAGGUACCUGGAGCUGGGAGGCCAGAGCCUCACCCGGAAAGAACCUCCCAUGGUGCAGAUAACAAAGCACAGGACUCAGGACAGAGCAACACUGAGGUGCUGGGCCCUGGGUUUCUAUCCAAGGGAUAUCUUAUUGAGCUGGUGGCUGGAUGGAAAGGAGCUGACCUUGGAGACUGAGCAUGUGGAAACUCGCCCCAGUGGCGAUGGCACCUACCAGACAUGGGUGGCUAUUCAAGUGCCUGCCGGAAAUGAGGCCCAGUACAGCUGCCAUGUGCAACAUUCUGGCCUGAACUAUACACUCACCAUGGCCUGGGGGAGACCCCUAUUCUCUGCUCUCUUUAGAACCACCAUCUUGGUUCGCUACCAUUAUAAUCCUCACAGUCUCCGUUGCUGUCUUCAUCAUACUGGUAGCCAUGUCUAUAAUAUGCUACAAAACAUGUCCUCAAGUUUGUAAGAAGCCUUAUGAGCAAGCCCCAGGCCAAGAUCCAUGAAUGUCAAUGCCCAACAAGAACAGGAGCUGCUUAAUUUCUCCACUGACAAGUUCACUUUACCAGGUCAAGGGAUUGUUUUGUGGUUUGCCUUGGUGGCCUGGAAACACCUAUGUUGGCUGGGUAACAGGUGUGAUCUGAGCCCAAAAGGCCCACCCUGGGUCCAGCAUGAUAGCCUAGUGGCUAAAUCCCCACCUUGCACAUGCUGGAAUCGCAUGUGGGCGCCAGUUUGUAUCCUGGCGGCUCCACUUCCCAUCCAGCUCCCUGCUUGUGGCCUGGGAAAGCAGUCGAGGAUGGCCCAAAGCCUUGGGACCUGCACCCAUGUGGGAGACCUGGAGUAAGCUCCUGGCUCCGGAUUGGCACAACUCCGGCCAUUGUGGCCGCUUGGGGAGUGAACCAGCAGACGGAAGAUCUGUCUGCAAACAACAUUCCUCCUCCCCGAGCCUUGCUGAAGGCAGCAGCAGUUUGCACGCCGAGAUGAGUUGGCUGACUUUCCAGUUCUAACCAUUUCCUGUUUGGGGGAUGGGGUGAGGAACUGCUAUUCCUGGGACCUAUUUCACUCUUGACAACUGGCAGAAUGAUUUCACAUAGCUGUACAUCAACUUGAGCUUCACAGGUACCCUGUCAGUUUGGCCAUCCUCUGGGCACCACUUACCCAACGUGAGAACCGCAGAGGCUAAGAAAGAACAGGA